AAAAAGGCAACGCAGACAGUGUACGAGUCGAGCUUUAAAAAGUUUGCAGAGUUCUGUCUUGCCAAUGGUUACCCAGACCCCCAUACGGAGCGGCACCACGAACUUCCCGCGGUGUUGGUAGCGUACCUUCAGAGCAUUUCCGCAUCCAGUACCGUGUCGCUACAGACGGCGGAGAAGGCAAGGUCUGCUGUUGAUAGCUUCUAUUCCUCUCACGAAAACAGCGAUGGAACAGACGUGAACAAGUGGAGUGUGCUCGUGGACGACACUGUAACAAAGCGUGGGUAUGGAAACCCGGCUCGGUAUCCGUUUGUCCGCCAAUUUAUGCGCGGUCUCAAGAAGAAGAAGGCUGCGGAA